AUGCCUCGACCCCGACGUCAGACAGUCUUCUAUCACCAGUCUCCCACACCCAGUCUCCCGAGAGUACUGACCCCGCCCAAGACGCCUCAUCCGCACACGUCGAACCGCACCGAACGAGUCCCAGCGCUGCUGUGCGAGCAGACGUUUAUCGUCAGCCUGCAAUAUCAUACUCGGAUCUCUGGCAUGUACGGCCAUUCCCCCAUUGCUCCCGAGGAUGGACGCGCGUUGCAACACCAAGUCCCGCUACAAAACGAACGCUCGCGAUCCUCGGUCUACGGCCUGCUUGCAAGGCAGGAUUCUGCCAAUGGCUCAGGCUAUUCGCCAUCGAUCCCCACACGAGAGCCAAGCCACAGGUCUGCGAACCUGGCUCGUCAAUCACAGCUGCCUCCUAGCUCCGGACCGUUGCCGCCACGAAGAAGCUCCAAAGGCAUGGGUGGUGGAUACGUCUCAGCAUCUGCAGCCCCGCCUCCUUCGCGAGACCCCUACGGUCCCGAGAUGCCUCUGCCCACUAGCAGCGAGGAGUGGAAGGAUCGUGGCGCUGCUGUCGGCGUAAGGAGAGAGACGGAUGCGAGCGGAAAGACGGUCAUUCGGCACGUCAAAAAGGGGGUUAGGGACUUCAGUUUUGGCAGAAUACUCGGCGAGGGCUCGUACAGUACGGUCUAUUUAGCCACUGAUCGACAGACGCUGAAAGAAUACGCCAUCAAAGUACUGGAGAAAAAGCACAUCAUCAAGGAAAAGAAGAUCAAAUACGUCAACAUUGAGAAGAACACCUUGAACCGGCUCACCGAACACCCCGGCAUUGUACGACUUUACUACACUUUUCAAGACGAGGCUUCGCUCUACUACGUCCUCGAUCUCUGUAACGGCGGCGAGCUGCUGGGCGUGCUCAAGAAGACAGGCACAUUCGACGUGGAGUGCACACGAUUUUACAGCGCCCAGAUCCUGGACGCAAUUGACUACAUGCACUCGAGAGGCGUCAUCCACCGAGACUUGAAGCCCGAAAACGUGCUCCUAGACGAUCACAUGCAUGUCAAGAUCACCGACUUCGGCACUGCGAAGCUGCUCAAGGAUCCCAGGGAAGCACAAAACGCCAACGAGGGGACAAGGGGGCUGCCAGAUGCUAGCCGUGGUGACGACGAGGACGAUAGUCGAGCGGCAUCGUUCGUGGGAACAGCUGAGUAUGUCAGCCCUGAGCUGCUCACAAGCAAAAACGCCUGCAAGGCGAGCGAUCUCUGGGCAUUUGGCUGUAUAGUAUAUCAGCUGCUUGCCGGCCGUCCGCCUUUCAAGGCAGGAACGGAGUAUCUCACAUUCCAAAAGAUUGUCAACCUCGAGUACGACUUCCCUAGCGGAUUUCCUCCAGCUGCGCGGGACUUGGUCGAAAGGUGCCUGGUUCUGGACCCCGCACGACGUCUUACAGUCGAACACAUCAAGAACCAUGAAUUCUUCGACGGUCAGCUGUUCGGUAAAGGGUUGUGGAGAAGUAAGGCCCCGCGUCUCAGACCUUAUAAUCCGGCACCGCAGGAACCGACCGUGAUCCAACUGAACGGCGUGGCUGGCAGUCCGAAUCCUGUUGCCCCCGCGAGAAGCUCACAACCGCCGCAGAACACAGCCAUGAAUGGGAGCUCCCGGCCAGCCAGGAUCAUCACAGAGCUACCGCCUCCGACACAGUUGGAUAUUGAAUGGUCUCCGGUUCUCACACGAAACAAUGAAAGAAUUCUGAAGCUGGGUGAUUUGCUGGUCGUCUCGAGCCCGCUGCCAAAUGGACAUGGCAAGGGGGGUGAGCAUGAGGGGCACAAGAAGCUGUCGAGAUUCUUCGGCGGCAGCACUACCAAGAAGAGGCAGCGAUUGGUUAUGGUAACCUCGAGUGGUCGGAUACUGCUCGCGCCAGCUGGCGGAGACGAAAAACGCGCGAAGCAGGAGAUAUCGCUGCUUGCACCCGAGUGUUCGUGGAAAACGCAACUUGAUGUGAAAGGGCAGACAGUUUGGUGUGUUGAUGCGGGUGGCGUCCACUACACAUUUGAAGAGCCCAAGGGCAGCUCAAAUUCGUCCGAAAACGGCUCGACAGCCGACGAGUGGAUCGAAUCUUUGGAGAGAGCCAAAGAGCUGGCGAUUUCUCAGAACCUCGUCGGUACUUACGGAGGCGAGAAUGGGUUUGCCGACAUGUCGUCGGCAGUGUCAAGUCCGGCAAGCACAUUAGGUGGACGAGGAGCCUAUCCCGACAGCUACAGCGUCAGCGAUCGGUCCGGCCGAAAUCACCUCAGUAAAAGCCAGGCCAGUCUGGAAGACACGUCUUCCACAAAGCGUAACCGGUUUAGCAAACGACAGUCCAAAAACGGAUUGGGAGCGCAGUUCUGA